AUGGCCAAGUCUUCCUAUGUUCUUCUGAUCACCUUUUCCUUCUCCAUCACAACUAUCAUCAUCUCAGCCUCCACCUCCACCUUUGCGGACAUCACAAGCAUUGAUAACCUCUUGAGCUGGGUGCCGGAGCUCAGCUGCCAAGGUUCCAUCGCCGAGUGCAUGGCUGCAGACGAUGAACUCAACAUGGAUACAGAGAUCAACAGGCGCAUCUUGGCCACCACCCAGACCAUAAGCUAUGGGGCUCUGCAAAGGAACACUGUGCCAUGCUCUCAAAGGGGUGCAUCCUACUACAACUGCCUGUCAGGUGCCGAGGCUAACCCCUACAGCCGUGGUUGCAGUGCCAUCACCCGUUGCCGCAGCCAAAAGCUAUUUUGUCUACUUUUUUCUUUUCUAGAAAUGUUGCUCAUCUCUUAA